CGAAGGCCGCGCGGAGCAGCCCUCGGACCGGCGCGGGCGGCGGGCAGGGGAGCGGCGGCCGAGGCACCGAGUAAGGGCUGGGUGGCGGUGGGGGCGCCGGGAUUCGGGGCGCCGCACGCCUGGGCCCGCGGGAAGAGAAGGGGCGCGGGUGCGCUGCGCCCAGGUUCGCGGGCGUGAGCGCGAGCGCCGGGGCGCGCGCGGGGGCCGGGCAGGGGCGCGAGGCCAGCGGGGCGGCCGGCUAGCAGCGGGCGGGCUGGUGGGGCCCGAGCCGCCGGGCUGGAUGGCGGCGGGCCUGUACCGGCUCCAGCUCGGAGUGCCCGGGCCGGGGGAUUCGGCCUCCCCGCUUCCUCCGGCCCACCUCCCCUCCGUGCAAAGAACUGUAGACCAAGGAGCCAUGGAUAGAAGUGUGGGUGAAACAGAAAAUGGAGAUGCCUUCCUUGACCUGAAGAAGCAACCGGCCUCCAAAUCCCCGCAUCGCUAUACAAAAGAGGAGCUCUUGGAUAUUAAAGAACGCCCUCAUUCCAAACAAAGGCCUUCGUGCCUCUCUGAGAAAUAUGACAGUGAUGGUGUCUGGGAUCCUGAGAAGUGGCAUGCCUCCCUCUACCCAGCUUCAGGACGGAGUUCACCAAUGGAAAGUCUGAAGAAAGAGUUAGAUACAGAUCGGCCUUCCCUGGUGCGCAGGAUAGUAGAUCCUCGAGAGCGUGUGAAAGAAGAUGACUUAGAUGUUGUUCUCAGCCCACAGAGACGAAGCUUUGGAGGGGGCUGCCACGUGACAGCUGCUGUUAGCUCCCGGCGCUCAGGAAGCCCAUUGGAGAAAGACAGUGAUGGGCUCCGCCUGCUUGGUGGACGAAGGAUUGGCAGUGGGAGGAUAAUCUCUGCUCGGACCUUUGAGAAGGAUCACCGUCUUAGCGAUAAGGACCUGCGAGACUUGAGAGACAGAGACCGAGAGAGGGACUACAAGGACAAGCGUUUCAGGAGGGAGUUUGUGGAUAGUAAGCGUGUCUUUGAGCGUAGAAGAAAUGAUUCCUACACAGAAGAAGAACCAGAAUGGUUCUCAGCUGGACCCACAAGUCAGUCUGAAACCAUUGAGCUGACUGGCUUUGAUGAUAAGAUACUGGAAGAAGACCAUAAGGGGAGAAAAAGAACAAGGCGACGGACAACCUCUGUGAAGGAAGGCAUGGUCGAGUGCAAUGGAGGAGUGGCCGAAGAGGAUGAGGUGGAGGUCAUCCUUGAACAGGAGCCUGCUGCUGAUCAGGAAGUGCCAAGGGAUGCCGUCUUGCCCGAGCAGUCCCCAGGAGAAUUUGACUUUAAUGAGUUCUUUAACCUUGAUAAGGUGCCAUGCUUGGCUUCGAUGAUAGAAGAUGUUUUGGGAGAAGGGUCAGUCUCUGCCAGUCGAUUUAGUAGGUGGUUCUCUAACCCGAGCCGAUCAGGAAGCCGAUCCAGCAGUCUUGGGUCAACACCACAUGAAGAGCUGGAGAGACUUGCAGGUCUGGAACAAGCCAUCCUCUCUCCUGGACAGAACUCGGGGAAUUAUUUUGCUCCUAUACCAUUAGAAGACCAUGCUGAAAAUAAAGUGGAUAUUCUAGAAAUGCUACAGAAAGCCAAAGUGGAUUUAAAACCUCUCCUUUCCAGCCUUUCUGCAAAUAAAGAAAAGCUUAAAGAGAGCUCACAUUCAGGGGUUGUGCUUUCAGUGGAAGAGGUAGAAGCAGGGCUCAAGGGCUUGAAGGUGGACCAGCAGGUGAAGAAUUCAACUCCCUUUAUGGCAGAGCAUUUAGAGGAGACCCUGAGUACUGUGACCAGCAAUCGACAGCUCAGAAAAGAUGGAGAUAUGACUGCAUUCAACAAGCUAGUGAGCACCAUGAAGGCAAGUGGGACUUUGCCUUCUCAGCCCAAAGUCAGCCGAACGCUUGAAAGCCAUUUGAUGUCCCCUGCUGAGAUUCCAAGCCAGCCUGUCCCUAAGAACAUCUUGCAGGAACUUCUGGGUCCACCUGUUCAGAGACCUGCUUCUUCCAAUCUUCUGAGUGGCCUUAUGGGGAGCUUGGAGCCUACGACAUCUUUACUGGGCCAAAGAGCACCCUCUCCUCCCUUGUCACAGGUGUUUCAGACGAGAGCAGCCUCAGCAGACUACCUUCGUCCCAGAAUACCAUCACCAAUUGGUUUCACACCAGGACCACAGCAGCUUCUCGGAGAUCCAUUCCAAGGCAUGCGCAAGCCCAUGAGCCCUGUCACAGCCCAGCAGAUGAGCCAGCUAGAAUUGCAACAGGCAGCUUUGGAGGGACUGGCCCUGCCACAUGACCUUGCAGUGCAGGCAGCAAACUUCUACCAGCCUGGUUUUGGCAAACCACAGGUGGACAGAACCAGAGAUGGAUUCAGAAACAGGCAACCGCGAGUGACCAAGUCACCAGCACCUGUGCACGGAGGGAAUUCCUCUUCCCCUGCCCCAGCCGCCUCCAUCACAAGCAUGCUUUCUCCUUCCUUCACUCCUACCUCAGUGAUUCGUAAGAUGUACGAGAGCAAAGAGAAAAGCAAGGAGGAGCCAGCAUCUGGAAAAGCAGCUCUUGGUGACAGUAAAGAGGACACUCAGAAGCCCAGUGAAGAGAACCUCCUGUCAUCCGGCUCUGUGCCCACUGCUGAUCGAGACUCUUCUCCCACUACAAAUCCCAAACUAUCAACCCUACAGCGGUUUUCAUGUUCCACCCCACUAUCACAGACCAGUCGUUACACCAAAGAACAAGAUUACCGACCUAAAGCAACUGGGAGAAAAACACCCACCUUGGCAUCCCCAGUUCCAGGAACACCUUUUCUCCGCCCUGUGCACCAAGUCCCCCUUGUCCCCAUCGUUCGGCCUGCUCACCAGCUUCACCCAGGGUUGGUCCAAAGGAUGCUGGCCCAGGGAGUACAUCCACAGCAUCUUCCAAGUUUGCUCCAAGCUGGUGUGCUUCCUCCUGGGAUGGACCUGACUCAUUUACAGGGACUAUCUGGCCCAAUCCUGGGUCAACCCUUUUACCCUUUACCUGCCACUAGUCACCCUCUCCUAAACCCUCGUCCUGGGACACCUCUGCAUCUGGCAAUGAUGCAACAGCAGCUACAGCGCUCAGUUCUUCAUCCUCCAGGGUCUGGUUCCCAGGCAGCUGCUGUCAGCGUUCAGACGACGCCUCAGAAUGUGCCCAGCCGGUCAGGCCUGCCUCAUGUGCACUCCCAACUAGAGCACCGCCCCAGCCAGAGGAGCAGCUCCCCCGUGGGCCUUGCCAAAUGGUUUGGCUCAGAUGUGCUACAGCAGCCCCUGCCCUCCAUGCCCGCCAAAGUCAUCAGUGUAGAUGAACUGGAGUACCGACAAUGAGCAGGGCAGCAGGCUUGUCUAAGCCUGGACCUUUUGGUGGCACCCUGGUCAGGACUCUGCUUCCUCAUCUCAUGUUGGUUUAUGGGCUUUUACUUUGUAGCACUCUGUGCGAAGCUGUUGAAGGGCACCUAGGCACCUGGUGUUGUCUGCAUUAUGAUGGAAGGAACUUAUUAACCAAUCGAGUGGAGCCUACAUGGUCUGAAUACAGGAUGCAGUGUUGUCAGUCCUGAAUACAGGAAACAGUCUUUUUUUGUAAGAUAUGUGAAUGAAGUGUUGGUGUCUUCACCAAAAGGUGGCACCUUAAGGGUUCUGAGGAAAUAAAUGUAUAGACCCUUAUGUACAGACCUGUGUAUAAACAACUUUUGUACAUACAUAUAGGAUAGCUUUUUUGAACUUAUACAGCUGUACAUAAAAGUAGCUGAUAUUAGUUAAGCCUGUGUCAACAGUUUGGAUUUUUUUUCACUUGUACAUUUGGGACUUUUUCUUUUGGUUGAUUAAAGUUGCAUAUGCUAAGUGUGUGAAUGAA